AUGCCACCUCCUCUCCUCUUCCUCCUCUUCCUUACCCCUAUGGGAGUCAGGCCCGAGGAUCCACGCCUAGUGGAGGCUAAAGAGGGAGGCAAUGCUGUGCUGCCAUGCCUUGAAGGUUCCUCGGAUGGUCCCCCCGAACACCUGGCCUGGUUUCGGGGCUCCCAAUUAAAACCCUUCUUAGAGUUGAGCCUGGGGUUACCAGGCCUGGGCAUCCAUGUGGGGCCUCUGGGCACCCUGAAGGAGCCCCAGGGAGCCCUGCUGUUUCUCUUCAAUGUCUCCAAACAUAUGGGGGGCUUCUACCUGUGCCAGUCAGGCCCGCCUUCUGAGCAGGGCUGGCAGCCCGGCUGGACGGUCAGCGUAAAGGGCAGCGGGAAACUGUUCCGGUGGAAUGCUUCAGACCUCAAUGACCUAGGCUGUGACUCAGGGAACAGAACCUCAAUGGGCCCUAGGCUCUCUUCUGGUCACCUCACAAAGUCCCAGCUGCAUGUGUGGGGCUGGGACCACUUUAAGGAGAUCUUACACACAGAAGCGGCCUGUGCUCCAUCUAAUAGCACAUUGAACCAGAGCAACAACCGUGACCUCACUGUGGCCCCGGGCUCCACGCUCUUGCUGUCCUGUGGGGCCUCCCGUACCUCCCUCGUCAGAGGCUCUGUCUCCUGGAUCCACAAGUAUCCCAUGAAGCCUGAUGUCAAAUUGCUGAGCCUAAACGUGAGCGAACAUGCCCAGCACAGAGAGAUGUGGGUCAUGGGCACCCUUGGGGGAAAGGUGGUUCUGUUACUGCCCGAGGCUACAGCUCAAGAUGCUGACACCUAUCGUUGUAACCAUGGCAACAAGACCAUCCAGAUGCAGCUGAAGGUCACGGCCCAGUCAGUAUGGCAUUGGCUGCUGGAGACUGGUGUCUGGAAAGUCCCUGUUGUGACUUUAAUUUAUCUGAUCUUCUGCCUGACUUCCCUGGUGGGUUUUCUUUAUCUUCGAAGAGCCCUGAUCCUGAGGAGGAAAAGAAAGCGAAUGACAGAUCCCACUAGAAGGUUCUUCAAAGUGACACCUCCCCCGGGAAACGGAGCCAGCAGCCAGUACGGAAACAUGCUUUCCCUCUCCAUGCCCCACUCUGGCACGGGACGCGCCCUGCGGUGGGCUGCGGGCCUCGGAGCCGCCGCGCCGUCCUACGGAACCCCGCGCAGCGACGUCCAGGAGGCCAGAGCCGCGGGGUCCCGGAGCCCGCCAGGAACCGGCCCAGAAGAAGAGGAAGGGGAGGCCUACGAGGAACCGGACAGUGAAGAGGGCUCCGAGUUUUACGAGAACGACUCCAAACUUGGGCAGGACCAACUUUCCCAGGAUGGCAGCGGCUAUGAGAACCCUGAGGAAGGGAGCUUGGAUCCUCAGGAUGAAGACUCCUUUUCUAACGCUGAGUCUUAUGAGAAUGAAGAUGAAGAACUGGCCCCGACUGUCACCAGGACAACAGACUUCCUGAGCCCCCAUGGAUCAGCCUGGGACCCCAGCAGGGAGGCAACCUCCCUUGGGUCCCAAUCCUAUGAGGAUAUGAGAGGGAUCUUGUAUGCAGCUCCCCAGCUCCGUUUCGUUAGAGCCCAGCCUGGUGCCAAUCAUGAGGAAGAUGCAGACUCUUAUGAGAACAUGGAUAAUCCCGAUGGACCAGAACCGGCAUGGGGAGGAGGGGCUCGCAUGGGGUGGAGCACUAGGUGA